CAGAUUGACAGCUCUCUUUCUUAUCUUCCUUGAUAGGAAUGAAAAUUUCUUUAAAUAAUAGAAAAUAGAAUUAAAUGAGAAUCUAAUUGAACAAAUAUCUGGGAGUGUCAAACUUGAAUUCAAUUUGUUCUUUGGAAACAUGAACAACGAUCCAGGCAUCAUCUGUUUCCGUCAUUGCAAGACCAAGAAUGUGUUUUGCAUGCAAAUUCCGGCGACGUGUCCGGUAUGCUCGUUACAAAUGCAGAACUUCAUUAUAGACCCGUUUCGUGUUCCGUAUCCGUUUGCAAAUGCCACUCCAACCAGUGUUGUUAUUCGGCCCUCACAAGGUAGCUUUCUUGAUGAUUAUGAUGUGACACCCGACGACUUACACAUUGGAAUAGUUAACUCUAGUGGCGGCAUUGUUGAGUUUGACAAAGAGGGACUAAUAAUAAAUGAUAUCACCAAGUGGACUGAUUGUAUUGUUUUGGAGCUUGUGCCAGCAGCCUGGACUGCACAAUGGGAUGAAACAUUGUUACUUAUGUCAAAGGAUCUCAAGUGGAAAUCCAUUAACUAUAACGCCAUUAAUAUGAACUGUUUCAACUUCGUUCUGGAAUUUAUUAAUAAUCUAGGGUAUAGAGAUCUAAGAUUUGAGAGCAAGGAAGAGCUGUGCGAACGAUUGAUAUUGUCGAAAAUGUACAAAGUAAUGCGAUAUCUUUCAUUAUACAGCACCUUGAAGGAUCAAGAAUAUCUCCUAUCGGAUUUGUUCCACUUUUGA